GCAGCUGCCGUCCCCCCGCACGUCACGUCCCCCUCCCCCUUUCUCCCUCUGUGCUGCUGUGUGCAGCUCCGGUGCCGGCUCUCCUCCAUGGACGCCGCAGCCGGUGUGUGAGAGGCCGGGUUGUGACAGUGUAACAUGGCCCUACGCGCUGAUCCAAAGACCAUGACCCUGUCUCUGAUCAUCAAAUGGGGCGGCCAGGAGUUCCCGCUGUCCGCUCUGUCCGAGGAGGACACGGUGAUGGACCUCAAGCACUCCCUGAAGAGCCUCACGGGGGUACUGCCAGAACGCCAGAAGCUGCUGGGCCUCAAAUACAAGGGUAAACCAGCAGACAACAAUAUAAAACUGGGUGUCCUCAAACUCAAACCAAAUACCAAGAUUAUGAUGAUGGGAACCCGGGAGGAGAGUUUGGAAGAUGUACUGGCUCCGCCACCGGACAAUGAUGACGUUGUAAAUGACUUUGACAUUGAAGAUGAGGUUGUGGAGGUGGAAAAUCGAGAAGAAAACCUGGCUAAGAUUUCACGUCGUGUCAAAGACUACAAAGUGGAAACACUAAAUCCUCCGAGGGAAGGGAAAAAGCUGCUGGUUCUAGAUGUUGACUAUACACUGUUUGAUCAUCGAUCAUGUGCAGAAACAGGGCUAGAGCUCAUGAGGCCGUAUCUGCAUGAAUUUCUUACCUCUGCCUAUGAAGACUAUGAUAUUGUAAUAUGGUCUGCAACCAGCAUGAAAUGGAUUGAAGCCAAAAUGAAGGAGUUGGGCGUCAGCACAAACGCUAAUUACAAGAUCACUUUCAUGUUGGAUAGUGCAGCCAUGAUCACCGUCCACACACCCAGGAGAGGGCUCAUUGAUGUGAAGCCACUCGGGGUGAUUUGGGGCAAAUAUACAGAGUUCUACAGUAAGAAAAAUACCAUAAUGUUUGAUGAUAUUGGAAGGAAUUUCCUGAUGAAUCCACAGAAUGGUUUAAAGAUCAGGCCUUUCAUGAAAGCACAUCUAAACCGGGAUAAGGAUACAGAGCUUUUGAAGCUGUCUCAGUACCUUAAAGAAAUUGCUAAACUAGAUGACCUGUCAGAGCUUAAUCAUAAACAUUGGGAGAGGUAUCUCUCAAAAAAACAAGGUCAAUAAUGAAGACUAUAUAUUCCACGAUGUCUUUGUUUUAGUUGUGUUUUUCUUAUUUUUGAAGGGGGGUGGGGGGUCUGGAGUCCAGCAUGUUUGACCUGUGGAGCUCAAACUUAAAUCCUUUUCUUUUGAGUUUGUCUUUUUGUUUUUGUAAACUUACAUUUUUUGUAGUGAUAAAACACCCACUUGCCUAUUUCCGAAAAUGUUCAGGUUUUCUUUGCUCACUGUCAUGAAAGUAUUCGGACAUUGUUUGUGUACGAUCAACUCUCAAUUUUGAUAAUUAUAAAUAUUUUUUAUUUAUAUUUUUUUAUAUAACGAGUGCUCAGUAAAUAGAAUUAUUUGCAUGUUCAGCCUCUUCCAAUUUUUUUGCCUUUUUUUCAGAAUUUAGUGGGAUUUUUGCGAGAUGCAGGCAAAAAUUAGCAUAAUCUUUUAAGAUGGUUAAAUAAACCUAUGACAAAAAAAGAGAAAACAGCAGUCUAAUGAUAUAUGCCUAUUAAUAUGUCAAUAAACGUAAACAUACGGCCUUAAA